AUGUCUUCCUCUUCUUCUUCUGAUAAGCAGAACCUGGUGCUGACGGACGUUGUAGCCGGCCUACUUGGAGGAGUCGGCAACACCCUGGGCAAGACUGUCGGUGGGGUAACUGAUACUCUGGGCACUGCCGUGGGUGGAUUAGGAAAAACCGUUGGUGGAGCGACUGAGGGUCUGGGAAAAACUGUCAGUGGCACCAGUGAAGGGCUUGGCAAUACCACCCAGAACGUUGGAGAGUCGGCGGGGAGCAUCUUCAGCAAGACUGAGCAGAAGAAGUGA